AUGAAGCUCAUCCAGUAUCGCCCAUGCGUGUCGACAUGCUGGCUGAUGCUCAUCGCUGGCCACGUAGUCCAGGGCCAGUCAGCACUGCUUCCCCCUGCUCAAGCCAUCAGCUCCUCCACGCCAGCGUUCGCCGCUGCCCCUUCAGCCCUACCCACUCUCCUCGCAGCCCCCGGCAGCAGCGGUAUAGGCCCCUCACCGGUCGCUACCGACGCUUUAUCGGUGCCUCAACCUUCUAGCCAGGCGCCCACGGUGUGCGACCCGCGCAAAUCAGUCCUGGAUCCCCUCACUCAUCGUUUCCGCUCCGACUGCGGAGCUCAAAUGUGGUGCGACCCCGGCAGAUCGUCUAAUGCACCUGCGCCGCCACUUCAAAGUGCAAGCGUAGCGAAAAGACUCGCUGAUGACCCUGAAUCGAUCGAGAUUGCCAACGCAGAUCGGGAACAAGUGGACAUACCACCGCCUCUCUUGCUUGCUCGCGAAAUGUUGCUGCCGAGCAACAAGACCGCGAAACAGACAUCGACAUCGAUGAUCUCCAAAAAUUCGCGAUCUGUGCUGCUGUAUGAUCGAGGCGAAGCAAAUCCCAGCUCGUCUUCGAGCACCGUCGCCUUGCCAAGCAAGAGCGCCAGCGACACCACCUCUUUGUUGCCAUCCGCUGUGAUUUCCACAGCUGGACGAGCCGGAAAUCCAGCGACUGGCACGUGCAGACCAAAGGGAUGCCGGAAAGAUGAAUUCCCGUUCGGCUACAAGGGCAUUCCUACAGAACUCUUGCCUCCGCUUUGCGGACCCGGAAGCGUGAGCAAAGCACAGCGCGAAUCUCCGCUGGUCCAGGUGUGGGUCUCGACUCACAAUUCGAUUGCCUUUCGCUAUCUCCUUGGCCCAGUACUGUCCCGACGAAGAGUCAGCUUGCCAGCGUCUGAUAUCAGUCGGCGGUGACUGCGAACUGAAUCGGGACGGUGAGUGAGAUGAGCCACGCGAGAGCUUUGCGCGCGACGAGCUGACCAUUUCUGCUCCCACUCUCAUCACAAGACUCAUGCAUGUCGCCUUCCGGUGGGCUGAGCUCGGCACCGGCCGUCAAAAGGCAGUCUGGACUGCUUCUUCCAGGCGCCUCUUCAUCCAGCACUGUCAAGGCAAUUUGCCUGGCUGGCAGGUGCACCUUGGCCAGUGUGCAACUAGGCCAGGGCUGCGUGCUCGACCAUACGCAGUAUCUCGGGUAUGACAUGAAUGGCAAAGAAGUAGGAGAGACGGUCUCGUGAGUGGGCGAGGGGAGAUUCUGGCCCUUAAUCGAAUCCGACUUGCGAAAUACGUCUGAACGCCACGCUUACCCCGGUACUCGUGUGCCCACCGCGUAAGACGCGAUGAUUGCCAUGAAGGGCUGUAUUGCGAUUCUACAAGCAGCACAUGUAUGGCAGAAAAGCCUUAUGGUGAGGGUUGCGGUUCUGACAGAGAGUGCAUCGAAGUGAGUGAGAGGCGACUGGGCCGCAACGACACGAGAAGGUGCGCGCUGAUGCAUGAUCAAUCUCAAUGCCACACUCAAUGAUAAACGCCAGUACAAUUGCAACUCGCAACAUCUUUGCGACUUGCCGCCAGAGGCUCCACAUCGACUUCCGAGCUGGGCUUUCGGCCUGGUGGGGCUGGGUAUCUUUGCCUGUGCGUAUAGUCGGAGCGGUGUCACCGAAAAGCCCUUUGGGCAGCUCUGAUUGAUGAAACUUCGCAUCUCCUCAAAAGUCCUCGCCAUGACCGUCACGCUGCUCUACCGCACGCACACUGCGCACAGGGUCGCAAGAGCAGACGAGAUUGAUCGUUAUUUCAGCGAACAGUGGACAUACAGGCAGUCGAUCUUGGCCAUGCACGCCGCUUUCGUAGCCAGCGGAGUUGCGGCAUCGGAGCUGCUGACAGGCAGCAACCUGCUGUCUGCGGCUCAAGAUGGUCAUUCAGCCGCGGCAAGACUCGACGGCACUCUGAAUGAUGAAUCGAGCGAGCAAAAAGGGCGCGCUCAAGAUCAGACGCGCGUCGAUGUCGCUUCCGCCGCAAAUCCUUCGAGACGCAUGUUUGCCAAAGAGGAAGAUGACGCUCGAGACGCGACUUCUCAAACACCGCAAGUCGUCAUCAGGCGCAAGCCUGCUCCAGCAGUCUAA